CGCGCGCCUAGACGCCGUGUGUAGCAGGAGGCUGGAAAAAUGGUGAACAUUCCCAAAGCGAAGAAGACUUUCUGCAAGAAGUGCAAGAAGCACGCGCCUCACAAGGUGACGCAGUACAAGACUGGCAAGGCCAGCCUUUACGCGCAGGGUAAGAGGCGUUACGACCGCAAGCAGAGUGGCUUCGGUGGUCAGACCAAGCCCGUGUUCCACAAGAAGGCUAAGACCACGAAGAAGAUCGUGCUCAUGCUUCAGUGUAACACGUGCAAGUCGCGUUGCAUGCACCCGAUCAAGCGGUGCAAGCAUUUCGAGAUCGGCGGCGACAAGAAGUCCAAGGGCGGGCUGUUCCAGUAAGCGCGCGCGCACUGGGGGGGGGUUCGGUGUGGCAACUGCGGCGGUUCGUUCUCGAGUGCGCUUAGGAGCGCGGGUCGACCUUACGCGACGACGGUCCUCGGAGGAGCGAACAGAACGCGGGCGCCAAACUUCGGUUGUAAUCUGCACAGGAGUAGAUUCACGCGAC